AUGGCCAGCCUGGAGCGGCGUCUGCGCGGCGCCGCGCCGCGCCCACGCAGCGGCGGCCUGCGGCUGCGGGGCGUGCGGGCGUUUGUGAACGACGAGGGGACGCGCACGUUUGCGGCGCUGUGCGUGGAGGAGGGCGCGGCGGAGGUGUGCGCGCUCGUCAGGGCGGUGGACGCGGCGUUUGAGGAGCACGGGCUGAGCCCGUUCUACGAGGACCCGCAGCCCCACGCGUCGUUUGCCUGGGCCCUGGGUGACCACGGGGCGGCCCUCCAGCGCGCACUGUCCGCGGCGCCGCCCGACCACGCGCCGCUGGAGGUGCCCCUGGCGCAGGUGGUGUGCCGGACAGGGCGGCGGGAGACUGUGGUGUGGAGCGCGCCUUGCUGA